CUAAACACUUAAUCCAAAAGAUAACCGCACAGAAAGACGAGAACACAUAAAAAUAUUUCUCAGUUUCUUCAGAUCCAUCGUUGAAGAAGGUAGCCGGCGAUCGAUCGCUGGUAUUCCUUUUCCCGAUUUCCUCCUUUAUUUCUUCGAGAAAUUUACUGAUUAACAUUGUGAAGAGAAGAGGUUAUGGCUGGACAGAAUGAUUCAGGUGGAUCCGAGAAGAAAUCCGGAGAUUUAAUUAGUGAACUUCCGAUGUUCAAUGUUGAGAAUAUGCAGAAUAAUGUCAAAUCCAUCUAUUACAGCCGAACAUUCAUGUCGAUAAUUGGUGGUGUAAUAGCUGGAAUAUUGGGGUUCACAAGCUUGGCUGGAUUUGUAUUUUAUUUCCUCAUCAUGGUACUGACUUCAGUAGGCCUAACCGCAAAGGCAGGCUUUUCCAUCCAUUCAUACUUUGAUUCCUGGAAUCGCAUUAUGAUUGAUGGAAUCUUCGGGGGAUUAUUGUCGUUCGUGCUUUUCUGGGCAUUUGCUUAUGACCUUGUGCAUAUAUUCUGAGGGGACGAUGACGAUGCAGAACAGAUUGGAUCGAAGAUCACACUAUGAUGUUAUUCUUGCUUUAUAAUGGAUGGAACAAUCAAUCUAUCGAAGUUAGACGAUCUUUGUUAGUUAGUUCUGUAUACUUUAUUAUUCUUGGAUUGAUGUAGCAAAGUGAGCAUAUUUUUUUCUUCUGAAA